AUGAAGUCCGUCAGCGAGGUCUCCGGACCAAUGUACCGCGGACUCCUUCAGCGCUCGAAUACACAAGACUAUGCCGCCCCAGGGCUGUGGUUCCUCUCUCAGGUACCCCCUUGGCCACACCCGUUGGAUGGGACCGUGGGUCAAACCUUCUUCCAUACUGGUCAAGCUGCAUCAUGUUACCACCCGUAUGGGCGCACUGCGACGACAAGGGGCGCAUUCGACUCGACGACAGAGCCACUGCGCAUACGUACGGAGAAGAAGCCCGUAAGUUCGCGGUAUAGAAAGUCUUGGGGCUUUCGCGCUCGCCAGUCGCGAGAUGUAACGCCGCAGACCUGA